UAAUGUUUUACAGAAUAGGGAUGCACCCUAAGAAUGCUAGGCUGGACCUGGGUGGGGUGUCUUGGUUGAAUGGUCAACCAAGCAGGAGAUGACUCAGUUCUAUUUGAACCAAGGCUGAUAGGGAGUGGUGAAGGAGAGGAACUGUGUUCCUGGCAAAAUGAAGUGCAAAUGUGAAAGGCUGAAGCCGAGGGUGAGAACACAGUGGCUUUUGAACAGUGUCAGGCUUCUAAAAGAGCUGUGGUAGAGGGUGGAGACCAGUAUCAAAGGAAAUAGUGAAAUGGAGUAAACAUCAUCUCUCUAGGCAGCCUACAGCCUCGUGGGGGCAAAGGAGCAACAGAAGGGAAAACAGCAACCGCUAUUUUUUCGAAUUACGCAGGGAGACAAGCCGGCACACCAUGAGCAGCAUUGAACAGAGAGCUGAGAUCCUGUUGUGUCUGUCACCUGCUGAAGUUGCCAAUCUGAAGGAAGGAAUCAAUUUCUUUCGAAAUAAGAGCACCGGCAAAGACUACAUCUUCUACAAGAACAAGUGCCACCUGAGGGCAUGUAAGAAUCUGUGCAAGCACCAAGGAGGCCUGUUCAUAAAAGAUAUCGAGGAUUUAGACGGAAGGUCUGUUAAAUGCACAAAGCACAACUGGAAAUUAGAUGUGAGCACCAUGAAGUAUAUCAAUCCUCCAGAAAGCUUCUGUCAAGAUGAACUGGUUAUUGAAAUGGAUGAAUACAGUGGACUUUUACUUCUAGAACUGAAUCCCCCUAACCCCUGGGAUUCAGAGCCCAGAUCCCCUGAAGAUUUGGCUUUUGGAGAAGUGCAGGUAACAUAUCUCACUCACGCCUGCAUGGACCUCAAGUUGGGAGACAAGAGAAUGGUGUUUGACCCUUGGUUAAUGGGUCCUGCUUUUGCCCGAGGAUGGUGGUUGCUACAUGAGCCUCCGUCUGAUUGGCUGGAGAGGCUGUGCCAAGCAGACCUCAUUUACGUCAGUCACAUGCACUCAGACCACCUGAAUUACCCGACACUGAAGAAGCUUGCUGAGAGAAGACCAGAUAUUCCCAUUUAUGUUGGAAACACAGAAAGACCUGUAUUUUGGAAUCUGAAUCACAGUGGUGUCAAGUUGACUAAUAUCAAUGUAGUGCCAUUCGGAAUAUGGCAGCAGGUAGACAAAAAUCUUCGAUUCAUGAUCCUGAUGGAUGGUGUUCAUCCUGAGAUGGACACUUGCAUCAUCGUGGAAUACAAAGGUCAUAAAAUACUCAAUACAGUAGACUGCACCAGACCCAAUGGGGGGAGGCUGCCUGAGAAGGUUGAUCUAAUGAUGAGUGAUUUUGCUGGAGGAGCAUCCGGCUUUCCAAUGACUUUCAACGGUGGAAAAUUUACUGAGGAAUGGAAAGCCCAAUUCAUUAAAACGGAAAGGAAGAAGCUCCUGAACUACAAGUCUCAGCUGGUGAAGGACCUGCACCCUCGGAUCUAUUGUCCCUUUGCUGGGUAUUUUGUGGAAUCUCACCCAUCAGACAAGUACAUUAAGGAAACAAACAUCAAAAAUGACCCAAUUGAACUCAACAAUCUUAUCAAGAAAAACUCUGAUGUGCUAACGUGGACCCCACGACCUGGAGCCACCCUUGAUCUGGGUAGGAUGCUAAAGGACCCAACAGACAGCAAGGGCAUCAUAGAGCCUCCACAGGGGACUAAAAUUUACAAGGAUUCCUGGGACUUUGAACCUUAUUUGAAAGUCUUGAAUACUGCUGCAGAAGAUGAAAUAUUUCUUCACUCAUCCUGGAUAAAAGAAUACUUCACUUGGGCUGGAUUUAAGGAUUAUAACCUUGUGAUCAGGAUGAUUGAGACAGAUGAGGACUUCAGCCCUUUUCCUGGAGGAUAUGACUAUUUGGUUGACUUUCUAGAUUUAUCCUUUCCAAAAGAAAGACCACGCCGAGAACAUCCCUAUGAGGAAAUUCGUAGCCGGGUUGAUGUCAUCAGAUACGUGGUGAAGAAUGGGCUGCUCUGGGAUGACUUGUAUAUAGGAUUCCAAACCCGACUCCAGCGGGAUCCUGACAUAUACCAUCAUCUGUUUUGGAAUCAUUUUCAAAUAAAACUCCCCCUAACACCACCCGACUGGAGGUCAUUCCUGAUGCGUGGUGAGCAGAAUGGGUCUGGGACUCCCCAGGAACCAGUGAACCCAACAGAAACAAAUUCUCUGUGGAAAACCAAACACAAUGGGAGAAGAUAUGAAUCCAAGCACAGAAGAAACAGGAAGAAAAACUUCCAAGACUACAAUGAGAAAUAAGGAAAGGGAACAGGGAGCAGAUUUUAGGUUAGAGAGAGGAUGGAAGAAGAGAUAUAGAUCAGUGAAGAACUAGAAGAGGAAAAUGGGAAGGAGAAAAAAUUAAGAUGGAAUUUAAAAAGAAGAAUGUAAAAACAGACAUUCUAUUCUUUAAUAGGUUGAGUCUACAAAUAGGGCCCAGGAAGACAGUUGAGUAAGGUUUCAUAAGUUAUUUUCAAUUUUUCAAAAACUUUGUUUAAAUCAUGUAUUUACCAAAACGAAGAAUUUAGAGGCUGCCCUAAAGGGUCAAAUUUCAAUGGGACUGAAAUAAUUUAGAUUAAUUUUGAUUCAUUUAAUAUCACAUUUUAGAAUGUGUUAACUUAUAAAUGCUAACAAUUAUGUAGAUAUUUGAUCAAUGAAAGAUAUGAACACUAAUCAAAUGAGUUUUGUGGACAAAAGUCUUUCAAAAUUAAUAGACAAAUCAAUAAAGAUCAAUAUCUUGAAAAAUUAGAAACCCCUCUUCUGACCAUUGAAAAACAUCGUUUCAGUGAUUAAAAUAGGCAACUAAUUUGCCUGCUUCUGCUAAUGUCUGCAGUGUUUUCACGAUAUUCAAAUGAUUGUUUAAGACACACACAUUUUUUUCCUAGGAAAACGUGAUGGUUAACUAGUUUUCUGUUUUACAUGUUGAUAUUUUCAACACAAACACACACUACAGAUUUGAAUAUCAAAAUCUAUUUUCUGAUUACAUAUCCUACCUCUAAUUCUGAAGAUAUGACAAUUCAAUGGUGGAAUUUGUCUCCUUAAUCUCUAGAUUCAUACUUGGUAAUAAAAAUGAUUAUCUGUUUCUCAUUAUGAUGAACAUCAAUAGUGUUUGAUUUUUUUGAUUAUUCUUAGCUCAUUACAUGCACAACAGAAAUGUUUGGAAUUCAAAAUUAUAUUUUGUGCUUUACAUUAUAUAGUAAAUUAUUCAGUUAAUA